AUGGCUACUUCUCUUCUUUCUGUAAUAGUACUCUUUAUCUCAAUAAUAAUAUAUCUGUGUUUUCUCAAACAGAGGAGAAAACUAAACCUUCCUCCUGGUCCUAUAAGGCUACCCAUCAUCGGAAACCUCCACCAGUUGCUAGGCCACACCUUGCCCCAUCGAACUUUUGGGCGACUUUCUCACCAGUACGGACCAAUCAUGUUCUUGCAACUCGGCUUCAUACCAACUCUUGUGGUCUCCUCUGCACAAGUAGCUAAAGAAAUCUUCAAAACUCAUGAUAUUAUCUUCUCUGGAAGACCGGUAUUGUACGCCGCCAAAAAGCUCAGCUACAACUGCUCAGCCGUCUCAUUUGCUCCUUAUGGCGAUUACUGGCGCGAGAUGAGAAAGAUUGUUAUGUUAGAACUUCUUGGUCAGAAGAGAGUUCGAGCUUUUCAGAGUGUGAGAGAAGAAGAGGUCAAAACUUUGAUCAAAACUGUAACUAGUAUUUCUACUUCUUUGAAUUAUUCUGGUGUUGUUAAUCUCAGUGAACUUAUGGUUACUUUGGCGAAUAAUGUUGUUUGUGGAGUUGCUUUUGGAAAGAAGUACAACGGUUCUUAUUAUGAUGGUGGUGAUAGUGAAAAUAAUGGGAAGAGUGGUGGAAUUCGAGAGUUACUUCAUGAGACUCAGAAUGUACUUGGUGGGUUUUGCAUGGCUGACUUUUUUCCACCAUGGUUAACUUGGAUUAACAAGUUUAAUGGUCUUGAAAGAAGGCUUAACAAGUGUUUUAGAGACUUGGAUAACUUUUAUGAUAAAGUGAUUGAAGAGCAUUAUCAUCAUUUUGAUCCUAAUCAUAAUCAUAAUCAAACCAAACAUAUUGAAGAUGUUGUUGAUGUUCUGCUUCAAAGCUUGAAAGAUUUUUUGAAUUGUAUUACGUGA